GACCUGACCCUCCCAGUGGCUGCUCUUGAAUUUUGUGGAUUCCUUGAACUUUGACCCUUCAGUCACCUUGAUUAAUGUACAUGUGAAAACAUACACGCACUGUCCUCGAAGGCUGUGUAUUAAAAUAAAAUGGCCAAAUACCUUGCACAGAUCAUUGUAAUGGGAGUUCAGGUGGUGGGACGUGCAUUUGCUCGUGCUUUACAACAGGAAUAUGCAGCCAGUCAAGCAGCAGCACGGGCCAGGGGCACAGCGGGUAAGCAGUCUGCUGCUGCCUCUAGUAUCACUGGGAUGACCCUGCAAGAGGCACAACAGAUCCUCAACAUCACAACUCUGACUCCUGAGGAAAUUCAGAAGAAUUAUGACCACCUUUUUAAAGUCAAUGACAAGUCAGUGGGAGGCUCAUUUUACCUACAAUCAAAAGUGGUGCGGGCCAAAGAGCGUCUAGAAGAGGAACUAAACAUCCAGUCACAAGACAAGGAGCAGUCACAGAAAAACACAGAAACAUGAAGUAUGAAAUGGUGCUCACCCUGCCUUUCCUCUCCCCAUCCUCUGUAAAUUAUAACCCAGUAAAAGCCUUUACCUUUUCUUUAAUACU